GACACGUUUUGUUUGUCACUGACACCAAGAACCUCAAACUGGCUGAAAUGGAUGAACAAAGUGUUGAGAGCAUCGCUGAYGUGUUUCGCUGCUUCAUCUGCAUGGAGAAGCUGCGGGACGCUCGCCUCUGCCCACACUGCUCCAAGCUUUGRUGCUUCAGCUGCAUACGAGUGUGAAAACCACCACGAGAAGCUGAGUGUUUUCUGCUGGACCUGCAAGAAAUGUAUCUGCCACCAGUGUGCCCUGUGGGGAGGCAUGCAUGGCGGUCACACCUUUAAACCUCUGGUGGAGAUUUAUGAGCAACAUGUGAGCAAAGUGAAGGAAGAGGUGUCCAAGCUGCGCCGCCGCCUCAUGGAGCUCAUCAGUCUGGUGCAGGAAGUGGAGAGGAACGUGGAGGCCGUGAGGGGAGCGAAGGACGAGAGGGUCCGGGAGAUCCGAAACGCGGUGGAGAUGAUGAUCGCCCGUCUGGACAACCAGCUGAAGAAUAAACUCAUCACCCUGAUGGGCCAGAAGACGUCCUUGACCCAGGAGACGGAGCUGCUGGAGUCUCUGCUGCAGGAAGUGGAGCAUCAGCUUCACUCCUGCAGUAAGAGCGAGCUGAUCUCAAAGAGUCCAGAGAUCCUGCUCAUGUUCCAGCAGGUCCACAGGAAACCCAUGCAGUCCUUCGUCACCACACCAGUCCCCCCAGACUUCACCAGUGAGCUGGUUCCUGCCUACGACUCCAGUACUUUUGUUUUGGUCAACUUCAGCACCUUGAGGCAGAGAGCCGACCCUGUCUACAGCCCUCCGCUGCAAAUAUCUGGUCUCUGCUGGAGACUCAAAGUCUACCCGGAUGGGAACGGUGUUGUUCGUGGAAACUACCUCUCCGUGUUCCUCGAGCUGUCUGCUGGACUUCCUGAAACCUCCAAGUACGAAUACCGUGUUGAGAUGGUCCAUCAGGCCUCCAGCGAUCCAACCAAGAACAUUAUCCGGGAGUUUGCUUCAGACUUUGAGGUGGGUGAAUGUUGGGGCUACAAUCGGUUCUUCAGACUGGACCUGCUGGCCAGCGAGGGCUACCUGAACAUGCAGACGGACACGCUGGUUCUUCGGUACCAGGUCCGCUCUCCUACGUUCUUCCAGAAGUGCAGGGAUCAGUACUGGUACAUCAGCCAGCUGGAGUCGGCUCAGAGCGGCUACAUCCAGCAGAUCAACAACCUCAAAGAGAGGCUGGCCAUCGAGCUGUUCCGCCGCCAGACGUCCCGCAGCUCCUCACCCCCCGACCUCAGGCCAGCCGUAGGCACCACUUCCGACAGAGACCCCCGCUCCGUGAAAAGUGACGACGACCCACAGAUGACUUUGAGCAACUCUAAGAAAGGCGAAGAAGAAGAGAGGACUCGGCACGAUGACUCAAAUGAGUUGUCAGAUGGAGACCUGGAGGUGGACUGUUUGACGGAGGAGGAGGUGAACCCCCUGGAUGGCAGCAGCACCUCGGGGAGCUCCACUGCCACCAGCAACACAGAAGAGAACGACAUUGACGAGGAAACCAUGUCAGGAGAAAAAGAUGUGGAUUUCAUCGGGAACCUGGAGGCAGAAGAAGGAGAAAUUUCUGAUGAUCUUGUUGGAGCUACAGGUGGGUUCAGCUCCAGCAUGCGCUCGUUACAUCGCGGUUCCGCCGCCCGUGGUUCCAGUGGCGGAGGUGCUGCAGCAGCCGGCGGCGCCGUUGGGCCGGGCGGCAGCAGCCUCCUGGAGAUCGACCCGGUUAUCCUGAUCCAGCUUCUGGACCUGAAGGAGCGCAGCAGCGUGGAGUCUCUGUGGGGCCUCCAGCCUCGACCACCAGUGUCUCUGCUGCAUGGCCAAGCUCAUGCCCACUCGAGAAAAGAACGAGAGCGACGCCCCCAGGUGGUCCGACGUUCGGCUCCGGACUCCGGUGUCCUGAUCCGCCUCAAGGCCCAGAUGGCCGAAGUCCACGGCAAGAUGGCCGACGUCAAAAGCCAGGUCGUAGAGGCCGGAGAGCCGAGACCCGGCCCGUCCGGGUCCUUUUGCGUAGAGGAGGUUUCGUCUCAUCGCGGGAGCUCGGACAUGACAGCGUGUCAUAAACCCGGUGAGCUGGACCUGGUGGGCAGGGCAGCCUCAGCUCGGUCCAGGCCCUGCAGGAGGGCUGAAGUCGGACUCCAGCAGCCCCCUCGUACUGUUGGUGGGCUCCUCGUCAGAACAAGCCUCCACCUCCAAGCAGCAGCAGCUGUUCGGGACGUCGGACUCCAGAGACGAGAUCUUCUCCUUGGGAGGAACUAGCUUCACAACAAGCAAACCCUGCAGCAGCAGGACGCUGAGGGCGGCCAUGUUGGAGCGCGAGCCGGAGAGCUCCGGAGUCACUCACCAGUCUCUGCUGGAGGGGAUCUCUGCUGCGCAGCAGGCAAACCAAGAUCUGUCAGCGUCUGUGUUGGUGGCAGCGACCAGCAGUGAGAGCGACACUGAAGACGAGGCUCUGCAGAGCAACAACUCUCGUUACGACAACCACACCCCUCCCUGCACAGCUCCUGUCAGAGGACCUGGGACCACCUGCUGACAGGUGACUCCUGUCAGAGGACCUGGGACCACCUGCUGACAGGUGACUCCUGUCAGAGGACCUGGGACCACCUGCUGACAGGUGACUCCUGUCAGAGGACCUGGGACCACCUGCUGACAGGUGACUCCUGUCAGAGGACCUGGGACCACCUGCUGACAGGUGACUCCUGUCAGAGGACCUGGGACCACCUGCUGACAGGUGACUCCUGUCAGAGGACCUGGGACCACCUGCUGACAGGUGACUCCUGUCAGAGGACCUGGGACCACCUGCUGACAGGUGACUCCUGUCAGAGGACCUGGGACCACCUGCUGACAGGUGACUCCUGUCAGAGGACCUGGGACCACCUGCUGACAGGUGACUCCUGUCAGACCGAUGCCUCGUCCUCGAAGACUAAACAACAAGAACAACAACUUUAUAACAUCUGCAGAUGAUAAUCUCCUUCUAAAUUACAGACCUGCAGAUUAGAACCUGCUUGUUGUGCAUGAAGUUAAAACAAUAAUCUGCUUGUCUGUUUGUGCAGAAACACUUCUGAAUAUUUUCUAACUAAAUGUUAUAAAUUCUAUAAACAGUGAAAAAAAUCCUCUUCUACUUCCUGCUGGUUACUGUUCACUCUGACUCGUUUCCUAAUCCCAAGCAGAGAUUAGAACGUCACUUUGCUAAGGCCCACAGCAUCCUGGUGUGUUUGUUAUUAGCCUGUUAAUAAAAAUGUUUUCUAAAGCUGCUUUGUUAAACUCUGAGGCUUCGCUCAAACCUUUUUAACCUUUUCCAAACGCUCAGCUUUACAGACACUGAAACUUUAUAAAUCAUUCAAAUAUUUCGUACUGUUUAUAGACACAGCAGUGUGUGCUGAACAUGGGAAACACCGAACACAACGACUGAGUUAAGCUGGAUUAUAAAAUCCAGCUCUGGCUGCAGAUUUCAGGCGGUCUCUCUCACUGCGACUCAGAAAAARGGGCCAAUCUUUGAACCUUCGUCCUGAAUGGACCGUUUUAGAAAAUCACAUCUCGUCUGACCCGCCUCGGCUCGCUUCAUUAUCCUUUCUCUGUGGCGUUUCUGAUUUAAUCCAGCUGAGAACAUGUAAGAAAUUAAGAUUAACUGCAUGGUUUGCAUACGUUUACUGUGAGAGGAGCAGCURGUGAAACUCCCGCUCUGUGAUUUCGUUUUGAGAAAUUUAGAUCUCCCACAAAUAGACUUUCCAGAAUCCUGCUGGUUGUUGUUUAAAACAGGUGAAUUACCAGUGUUUCCAGUUAAAGGUCAGUCUGUUCUGCUGGGAACAAAUACAAACUGAAGUGUCUCUCAGCACUUAAAGUACUGCUCAGAGAAGCUGGCAGGUCAGUCAUUAUGUAACGUCUUCUCUGCUGCAGCUGCUGCCUUCUCUGGAUGCAUUUAUUAGUUUUACACCUCAGCGCUCCGAACAAGCAGAGCAGACAGAUUAUUAAACAGAUUAUUUCACAGGUCGCUGCAGAAACUGGAUUUUACCUUUUCAGCAAUUUGUACAUAUCUGAGGAGGAGUUAUAAAGCCAGUCCACUUUAACUGUAAAUAUGUUGAUGUUUAAACUCGUCAGGCUGGCUUUACGUUUGCUCAGAGGCUUUACUGAUUGAUGAAUUGUUUUGUUUUGUUUCCUCCAGGAUUCAGUCGUGCUGCUUGAAUCACCAAGUAAAAAUAAAAGGCAGAAAACUGCAGCCAGACUUAACGUUUAUUGUUUAGUUUUAUUUCUUGUGCGUCUGUGAAAAGCUGCUUUUUGUUUGAUUUGUUCCCAGAAUGCAUCAUUAAUUAUUCUGUAUAUUUUGUGUAAUAAAUAAAAGGAAAAGAGAGCGUC